CCACUUGUACGGCUUUAUCGAGCUAGGUUGUUUUGAAAUGUGGCGGCGAGUAGUAGCGAGGUACCUAGUGCGCCAUCGCGACGAGGGCAAAAUCCCAGAAGGUAUUAUGAAGCAAUCGAUCCCUCGGGCCGAGAAUCCAAGCGCCUCCAAGAAUGUCUCGCUGAUCGAAGACACCGAGCUGUCGAAGAGAAUCCUCAAGCGCGUGCAAAAGCUUAUGCACGAUGCGAUCCAUUUGCAAAAUCCCGACAUGCCGGAUAAGAGCCUCGUCCAGCUCCGAGAGGAGUAUGAACGCUUGGAUUGGGAUAAUCGGCAAAGGGCCCUCAAGAUACUCUCCACGGAAUUCGGAGUUGACAAGAAAAGAGUGAAGGAUCUCAUCCAGCAUUAUCUUAGCUUGCACGAUGAUGAGAAAAGCAAAGCUGGUGACGGAGAAAAUCCUCUCGAAGCAGCCCAGUUUCGAACAGAACGGGAUCUGAGAGCUUCCUUGAUGCCGCUAUCGGUGAGAUUGUUUGAGCAGAUGAAUGGCCAAGCCGGUGGCUUGAAGUUUUUGGUGGACCUACGUGCUGAUCUGCUUUCUGCUUUACGUGAUGACAACCUUCCAGCGCUGAGAGCUCUCGAUCUCGAGCUGCGAGCGCUAUUUUCAACGUGGUUAAGUCCUGCGUGUCUGGAACUUCACCAGGUUACUUGGAAUGACGCAGCUUCAUUGCUUGAAAAGAUUGUCCGAUAUGAGGCUGUGCAUCCUAUCAGUAAUUUGUACGAUCUUAAGCGACGAUUAGGCAUUGGUCGUCGGUGUUUUGGUUAUUUCCAUCCUGCUAUGCCAGGGGAACCGCUUGUGUUCAUAGAAGUCGCCCUCACGGACACCAUUAGUAAUUCCAUUCAGGAAGUAUUGUUUGACAAGCCACCUAUUUCCGAAGAAGAUGCGACACAUGCGAUCUUUUAUGCUAUUUCGUCGACUCAGGCAGGCUUGUCAGGUAUAGAUUUGGGAAACUUCCUUAUCAAACGGGUGCUCCGCUUACUGCAGCAAGAUAUGCCUCAAAUUAAGACUUUCUCAACUUUAAGCCCAAUACCGUUCUUUCUGAAAUGGCUGCUUCCUAAACUCGCGUCGUUCUGUUUCGAAGGAAAUGAGCAGAGGACCUUCAAAGAGAAGUUGCUUUUGGCUCACGAAGAAAAAGCUUUGAAAGACGCCUGCGGUCCUGACAGAGACGAUGAUACGAGCGGCGAGUCAAUAAUGUAUAGAAUUUUGGGAGCAUCUGAUCCUCAGUGGGGCGAGUCCGAACAACUAUCAGCAGUUCUUAAGGUGCCUCUCAUGAGAUUAUGUGCAAGAUAUCUUCUACUUGAAAAGAAACGUGGAAAGGCAUUGGAUCCGGUAGCAAACUUCCAUCUACGCAAUGGGGCUAGUAUGGAACGUUUGAACUGGAUGGGCAAUAAAUCCAAGAAAGGGCUCAAAGAGAGUGCAGGGAUGAUGGUUAACUAUCUUUACAGGGUAGAAAGCAUCGAAGAAAACAAUCAAGCAUACAUUACCAGAGGUAUCAUUAGAGCGUCUCCAAAAGUGGAAGAGCUUGUAGCUGGAGGACAGCAGUCUGCACUGUGAGUGUGACAUAGGCACAAUUUCACAGUUAAUCUUCUCAAUGUCCGCAUUGAAUGUAUGGAGUCUGAAGGAUUUUUACAGACAGCUCAAAAACAAUGACUUUGCGGUUUUGACCGCAAGAACAAAACAAAGGAAACAAUUUCCACGUGGA